GUUUUGCUUCUUCUUUGUGGAAUAGUUAGGUUUGUAAAUAGUCAGAACUGCUUCGAUGCUGCAAUACAACAUGACAAGUACAUGGAACAUCAGGCGUUCAGGAAGCUCGGGAGUCCGUCUCUGUAUGACUGUGCGUCUGAAUGCCUUGCGUCCUCUGUAUGUCUCUCCUUUGGUUUUGAACACAAGACACGUACAUGCCUUCUAAACAGAAACAGCAGUGCUCGUGUAAGCAUUUCUCCAAGAUCUGGGUUCGACUUCAGUGAUAUCCAACACUGGCCCAAGACUCUCGCUGGUCCCUGUUUAGGAAUGUCAUGUCCCCUGACCACCAGCUGUCAAGUAGAUCGACAUGGCCGUGCAAGUUGUGUUUCAGAGUUUCGGGGCUGCGGGCAUCCUCCUGAUGUAUCCGGGGCCAGCGUGACCCAUGACGGACUCUACCAGGGUGCUGUGGCAAGGUAUUCAUGCAAGAAGGACUACAUCUUCUGUCAUCAGAGAAACACCAGUGUCUGUCAAGCCUCUGGACAGUGGGAGAAUGUGGCAAGUCUCUGCGGAAAGUUCAGAUGGAGGAAUCCGAGUUUGGACAACCUGUAUGAUCUGCCAUGUGGACCACAAAGCAAGUUCAAUGUCGUUGUCUUGGCUACUCCAACCACAGCUUUCAGGUGUUCCGUGGCGCUGGAGGCAGGUGAGGACGUGACGUUGCUUUCAGAAUUCAGAUUUAACUUUGGAUUGAAAAGGAACGUGACAGUUAUCAACAGCAAGUUUCACCAUCGUUGGGGUAUUGAGGAGAUACGACCGCUUCCUUUAACUGUAGGAAAGGAAUCUGAGAUCCAAAUAUCUCUGAAUGACGGAGAGUAUAAGCUUGUGGUGGAUGGUGUUGUUGUGAUCAACUUUCCUGAGAGACUCCCGGGGAAACAGCCUAACCGCAUACAUCUGAAAUAUGACUUCAUUGUACGUUUAAUGGAAAUCUCAAUCUGAUUCACAAGGACCAAGAAAGAUACACACACUUGAUGCAUACAUGUAGGUCUAUAGCUUUGGAUCUGUGGGGUAAAACUUUAAAAUUGUUGAUAUACUUAAUACAAACAAAUUGAUUGUGUCAACGGUAACCAACUAUGCAUAUUAAAAUAAUGUAUCCUUGGCUGUAGGAGCUUCGCCCCUGCCUGUCCACUGAUCAGUAUAAUUGUACAAUAACUACUGUACUGGGACUGAGGCGUUUGCCCUGAAGUAGAAAUAUACAUGACUUCCUAAAGCACCGUUAAUCGCCGUGCAGAGUUGUGUUCUUUAAGCGUGUUAAAAACAUCACUCGUUAGUUCGAAUGACAGAUUCACCUGAUUAUGUCCCUUCGUUUGUCAGCCCA